UUCUGCGUGUGUUUUCUCCGGGUACUCCGGUUUCCUCCCACAUUCCAAAAACAUGCUAGGUUAAUUAGCGACUCCAAAUUGUCCAUAGGUAUGUUUGUUUGUCUAUAUGUGCCCUGUGAUUGGCUGGCCACCAGUCCAGGGUGUACCCCGCCUCUCGCCUGAAGACAGCUGGGAUAGGCUCCAGCUUGCAACGCGACCCUCAUUGGGAUAAGCGGUAGAAAAUGAAUGAAAACUAGCAAUUUUUUAACCGAUCGAUAGAUUGUUUAUUCUCAUAUGUGUACAAGUCAGGAGAUGAUUAGCAUAGCUUAGCAUAAACCAACCACAGGAAAACACUUCAUCCACCAUAUUUUUAAAUGUUUAUGUAUUUCAGAAUUUAUAAGGUUUGGGCUAUCUUAGACACAGUCUUGCCGCCAGUCCUUUUACGCUAAGCUAAUUAGCUUCCACAGGCUGCUGUUACCGCACCGCUAUAUGGGCUCAAUGUCCUAAUCCUUCUCUUGGCAGGAACAAUAAAUACAGUAAACCCCCGCAGGCUGGCGACACACACAUGGCCGAUAAAUAAGACGCCAAGUGGAUUUUGUGUGUCCCUGCACUGUUUUUCACACCGUUUGAAUCAAGCCGUGUUCUUGCUUUUCUUACGUUAAGAAAGGACGCCAUUCUUGCUUUUCUGUUUGGCACAUUGUGUCAAUUGUGUGUGUGUAUGUGUGUGUACGGGUCAGUAAGCGGUUAGGAGUGGGCGGGCCGCUGCAGGCUUUCAGUUAAUGACGUGCACAUCGAUUUAUUCGCUUAUGAACAAUCUUGCGGCGUGCACAGAAAUGGAUGCUUCUCUUACUUUUGUUGUUAUUUGUUUGUGUGUGCACAGCAAUUAAUUAUGAUCAUUGCUAUUGUUGCAAGAAUGUGGUUUCCUUUAUGUAAUUAUACUAUAAAAUCAAUAAUUUUACUUUCAAUUUUACUUCCUAAGCCAAUAAUGAUAAUGAAUGGGGAGUCAAUAAAAACAACAUUAUGACAGCAGCUAUUUAAAAUAUGUAUAGUUUCGUCACUUCCUGGUAUGCUAAUAUGCUAAAUCCCUUGGAUAAGUUUGCAGUUCUGUCAUUUUGGAUUAAAGUUCAACACAACUAUACAGAACUUUCUAGAAUGAAGUAAUUGAAAGUAAUGUUGUUAUUCCCGUCCAAUUACUUGUGUAACACUGGCUUUUUGACCACUGCCAAAACAACAAUCUGGCAGCAAAAUAUAAGGUAAAAAAAAAACUGCCUCGCCUGUCACUCACGCACAGCAAAACAUGCUAUUAUCUUCCCUCUGGACGACAAACUCCAGGCUCUCAUUGAUGGGGAGUCAAUAUUCAAUUUUGUGUGUAAUAUACGGCGUUUUCAUUUGACAUUUAGUUGCUUUAUAAAGCAGUACAAGACAAAAGCAUUCAGUUACUCAAAACGAGCCAGUCUUUGGGGUCAAAAGGGUAACGUAGGGGACCACACAGAGACACAAAAGUAUGUUUUACUUUUUAACGUGUACAAGUAAAAAGAUACGCGAAAUAAUAAUUUUGUCUUCGAUGCCUUUUCAUUUAAUAUUUGAUUUUUUACAACGCGCGCGUCUCCAAUCAAUUAUGAUCCUUAAAAGCCGCCGUAGUCGGCAGCCAUGUAAGCUAGCUAGCUAGCGAAACAGCUAACACAAUCACACGAAAGCUAACGACCUACUUGAGACUAAAUAAGCACUUUUUCAUUUAUUUCACGUCGGCGACACGGAUUUAUUCACAUUUUUAACUCCAUUUAACGAGUUACAGAAGGAGAUAUUAUUUCCAGUCAACCAAGAUAGCAACAAAGCAAAAAGAAGGUGCCUACCUUGGUUGUCUCGCAGAGUAAAGUUUGGAUUGUUGGCAGCGUCUGGAGCCAAGGCGUAGGAUAAGUGAUGUCCACUCGGGGGUUCGUCCGGGUCGACCGCCGUCACCGCCUGGAUGAGCUGUACGGAACAACGAUGUCUUAGCAACAUGCAUAUCCGAGGAGGGCUACAAGCUGGAGGCGCCAUCACAUCAUAGAACGGCUGAUGGAAAAACAAAACCAGGCAAAAGUGCUCUGCUUGAACAUGGUGGCAAACAUUGGGGUCACCUUCUCAUCCUAGAGCCGUUAUGGAGACAUACCGCCCCCUGCUGGCUAACAGCGGGUUGUCGUUGACGUCGCUGAGUGAGAUGCUGACAGUGGUGGUGCCGGCCAGACCGCCCAGCUGGCCGCCCAUGUCCUUGGCCUGGAUAACCACCGUGUAGUUCUCCCUCAUCUCCCUAUCCAUGUCGGCCAAAGAGACCCGCACCACGCCUGAGGAGACACACGUACCCAAGAAUUAAUUUUAAUUGGCGUUUCAAAAUCAAGAACGACGGAUCAGCUGGGGAUGGAAGCAUAUGCGCCUACCGGUCUUGGCGUCCACUGAGAAGUAAGGCUGACCUUCCAGGAUGCUGUAGACCACCCGAGCACUGUUGCCGUACGUUGGGUCAUCGGCGUCGGUGGCAGACAGCUGGAUCACUGACGUUCCUGGGAAAGUAACAAGCACUGACGCGUGGUAGGGUCCGUCCAAAAACUUGGGCUCGUUGUCGUUGAUGUCCUGGAUCUUCACGAUGAACUCCGACUCGGGCUCCAGGGGUCGGUCGGUGAGGCGGUUGCGGGCCUGCGCUCUCAGCACGUACUGGGCCUUCACUUCCCGGUCCAGCCUCUGGAUGGCGUGGAUGUCGCCCGUGCUGUCGUCGAUGGUGAAGGUGGAGCCGGCGCCGUCGCCCGUCAGGAUGUACUUGAUGGAACCAUCGCCUUUGUCCAUGUCGGAGUGGAGCUGCAUGCACACGUGGAGGAGGUGCGUAAAAGCAGAAAGUCAAGUCUGAUAUCUAAUCUCGGGGUGUCUGGCUGGAGUGCGUUACAGUCAGAGAGAACCGCUACAACCAGAAGAUAAGAGUCGCCGAGAUCAAAUGUUCAAAGACACAAAAACAAAUGGAGAUGAGCCCCAAAACAAACGCUGGCUUUUGAAGUCGCAGCUCUACAUUGAUGCCACGGCAUCCUUCAUCAGGCUUCGCUGCACAUCUUGAAAAAAAAAUCCCGGAGCUUUGCCCGACUAUACAUCAGAUGUUCCAGCCUAUAUAAGAAGACUGAAAGUCGUCACUCUUCAGUGGGCACAGAGAGCCUGCAGGGCACGAGGUGCAUUUAGAAAGCUCCAGUCCUGAACCCUUUUCCAGCGAGGCUGAGCAUGCCUCGCAGGUCCAGCUUCCUGUCAAUUCUGAUGAAUCAUAUCCAAUACCAUCAGAUCACCGUGGACCGCUGUCACGUUUCAAGCAGUAUUAGUCACUUUCAAGGUGAUAAACACAUGUCAAGACAUGCAGACUUCUCCACGCCGAUACCAUCGAUCCACUGAUGGAUCACGCCUCCCUGCUCCACCGGGAUGAAGUACACAUGGCUCGCAACAAUUAGCUAAAUAGGCUGAGGAUUGAUCUACGAACAGCUAAGUGGAGCAUCGACUGUCUGUGGAGGUGGAGCGCCACUCGUCUUCUACUCUUCUACUCCACUUCCUGUCCUCACUGCAAGGACCUGUGAAGAAAAGAUGGAAGACAAAAAAAAAAAAAAGACAGAAGAGGCGCCUUUGCCAUCACGACCAGCUCAUCCCUGGAGUGCUUGCAAUCUUUCCGUCGUCCAUCUGGAAGCUUCUGGAAGAUGGAAAUGACAAUGCGGAGUAAAGCAGGCGAGUCAUGUCUUUCCAUCAAGAUCGUGAUACUCCUCGAGGAGGAGGGAUGCCCCCGGGCCAGAACUACCGACCUGCCAACCUGAGGCCCCCCCAUCCUCCAGUACCCCCGUAUUCCUACGACCCGCAAGCUCCUCCUACGCCAGGCUACCAUGGCAACAGCAGCUACAUGCCUCCUCACCCAGACUUCAUGCAGUAUCCUCCCCCUGCGCCUCCCCAAACACCCGGCUCUCUUCAUCCCUGCUCCGUUCGUCCGCCCUUCCCCAAGCUGCCCGUCAGAGGCUUCCCCGAACCCCCACCCAACUUUCCGCCUCCCCCUUUGCCCGGAGUUGCUGGCGCUCCCCCGGCCGGCUCGCAAAUGACGCAGAACGCCUACCACCCUUACAUGACGCCCUCUGUUCCACCACCGCCAUUACCUCCUCCGCCCAUGCCUCCUCCCCCCAUGACUUACCCCCCUCCGUACACUAUGGGAUACCCCCACCCUCCUCACCCUCCUUUCCCUCCACCUGGCUUCAGCCCCGGCUACACGCAGAGCCCCCCGUCAUUCAAAGCAGACCAAGGCUUCCACCACAGGGGGCCGUACAAGUACGAGAAACCCAGCGACGGCAGGCGGUCCCCCGAAAGAGGAUAUCGCCAUGACGGCCACCGGCAGAGGGGCUACGGCCCACAUGGCGACAGGCAGGAGAGGAAGGAGCGCGGCAGGAGUCCAGACAGACACGGGAGGUACAGGUCGGAUUACGAUAGAGGAAGAUCACCUGGAAGACACUGGAGCCGGGAUCGUAGCAGAGAGCGUUAUCGACAUCGUGAGUGUCGAAGGUCCCAGUCGCCUGAAAGAUACAGAAAAAGGCCUCGCAGCCGCUCCACAAGCAGGGACAGGAAGCGAGGCCGCUGGGAGGAUGACAGGGAUCGCAGGUCCGAGUCCUCAUCGGGUUUAAGCAGAGACCGCGGCGUCCCCUCGUCCCGGAGCAGAGAUUCUGAGGAAUGUUCCGAGCGAGGAGAGCGGGAAGCGGAGCGGGAGAAGGAGAAAGUAGAUGAGGAGAAAGACGAGGAAGACCUGCUGAAGCCCGCUUGGAUCCGCUGCACCCACGCCGAGAACUACUACUCCAAUGACCCCAUGGACCAAGUGGGAGAUUCCACCGUGGUCGGCACAAGUAAACUUCGAGACCUCUACGAGCGUUUCGAGGAGGAGCUGGGAAGAAGGCAGGAGCGAGCCAAGGAUGCUCGACCAAAGUGGGAACCGCCAAAGACCAAACUGGAUGAGGAUCCAGGUGACAGCAGCAGCGAAUCCGACUGCGAGUCCGACGGCGAGGGAAGUUCUUGCUCCAGCGGCUCGGACUCCGAUGUCUUUGACGUCAUCGCAGAAAUCAAGAGAAAGAAAGCUCAUCCGGACAGACUUCACGAAGAGCUGUGGUACAACGAUCCGGGACAGAUGAAUGAUGGUCCCCUGUGCAAGUGCAGCGCCAAGGCCAGACGCACCGGGAUACGCCACAGCAUCUACCCCGGGGAGGAGCCUGCCAAACAGUGUCGGGGGAUGAACAAUAACGCCGGCAAGUUGUUCCACUACAGGAUCACCGUGUCUCCGCCCACCAACUUCCUGACGGACCGGCCCACCGUUAUCGAGUACGACGACCACGAGUAUCUCUUUGAGGGCUUCUCUCUCUUCUCCCACAUGCCGCUCACCAACAUUCCAUUGUGCCGGGUGAUCCGCUUCAACAUAGAUUACACCAUCCACUUCAUAGAGGAGAUGACGCCCGAGAACUACUGCGUCCAAGGCCUGGAGCUGUUUGCCUCCUACCUCUUCCAGGACAUUCUGGAGCUGUACGACUGGAACCUGACAGGCCCGGAUCUGGACAAUGAAAGCAGCGGGUCAUGCCAGCGUUUCCACUUCAUGCCUCGCUUUGUUCGCUUCCUGCCAGACGGGGGCAAAGAGGUGCUGUCCAUGCACCAGGUGCUGCUGUACCUCCUACGCAGCAGCAAGCCCCUGGUCCCGGAGGAGGAGAUUGCCGACAUGCUGCAGUGGGAGGAGCUGGAGUGGCAGAAAUAUGCAGAGGAGUGCAAGGGCAUGAUCGUGACCAACCCGGGCUCGAAACCCAGUUCGGUGCGCAUCGACCAGCUGGACCGGGAACAGUUCAACCCAGACGUCAUCACCUUCCCUGUCAUCGUUCAUUUUGGGAUACGGCCCGCUCAGCUCAGCUACGCUGGAGACCCUCAGUACCAGAAACUAUGGAAGAGCUAUGUGAAACUGCGCCACCUGCUGGCCAACAGCCCCAAGGUCAAGCAACUGGACAAGCAGAAGCUGACGCAAAGAGAGGAAGCCCUACAGAAGAUCCGUCAGAAGAACACGAUGCGCCGCGAGGUGACGGUGGAGCUCAGCAGCCAGGGAUUCUGGAAGACUGGCAUCCGCUCCGACGUCUGUCAGCACGCCAUGAUGCUGCCUGUCCUCACCCAUCACGUCCGCUACCACCAGUGCCUCAUGCACCUGGACAAGCUCAUCGGCUACGUCUUCAAGGAGCGCUGCCUCCUGCAGCUGGCCAUGACGCAUCCCAGCCACCAUCUCAACUUCGGAAUGAACCCCGACCACGCCCGUAAUUCGCUCUCCAACUGCGGCAUCCGUCAGCCUAAAUAUGGCGACAGGAAGGUUCACCACAUGUACAUGAGAAAGAAAGGAAUCAACACACUGAUUAACAUCAUGUCUCGCCUGGGCCAGGAUGACCCGUCGCCUUCCAGGAUCAAUCACAACGAGAGGCUGGAGUUCCUGGGCGAUGCAGUCGUGGAGUUCCUCACCAGUGUCCACUUGUACUACCUGUUUCCCACUUUGGAGGAGGGAGGCCUGGCCACCUACAGAACAGCCAUAGUACAGAACCAGCAUCUCGCCAUGCUUGCUAAGAAACUGGAAUUGGAUCGUUUCAUGCUCUACGCUCACGGACCAGAUCUGUGCCGGGAAUCGGACCUGCGUCACGCUAUGGCCAACUGCUUUGAGGCCCUCAUUGGUGCUGUGUAUUUGGAGGGCGGCUUGGAGGAGGCCAGGCAGCUCUUCGGAAGGCUCCUCUUCAACGGCCAGCAGGACCUGCGGGAUGUCUGGCUCAACUACCCGCCACACCCUCUGCAGGUCCAGGAGCCACAGACAGACAGGCAGCUCAUCGAGACGUCGCCCGUCCUGCAGAAACUGACCGGCUUCGAGGACUCCAUCGGGGUGCUGUUCACGCACGUGCGUCUGCUGGCUCGAGCCUUCACGCUGAGGACGGUGGGCUUCAACCACCUGACGCUGGGUCAUAACCAGAGGAUGGAGUUCCUGGGAGAUUCCAUCAUGCAGCUGGUGGCCACCGAGUACCUCUUCAUCCACUUCCCCGACCACCACGAGGGACAUUUAACGCUUUUACGCAGUUCCCUGGUCAACAACCGCACUCAGGCCAAAGUGGCGGAGGAGCUAGGCAUGCAAGACUUUGCCAUCACCAACGAUAAAACCAAACGACCCGUGGCGCUCCGGACUAAGACCCUGGCGGACCUUUUGGAGUCCUUCAUCGCAGCGCUCUACAUUGAUAAAGAUCUGGAAUACGUGCACACCUUCAUGAACGUCUGCUUCUUCCCCCGACUGAAGGAGUUCAUUCUGAACCAGGACUGGAACGAUCCCAAGUCUCAGCUGCAGCAGUGUUGUUUGACCCUGAGGACCGAGGGCAAGGAGCCCGACAUCCCUCUGUACAAAACGCUGCAGACGGUGGGACCCUCGCACGCUCGCACCUACACCGUCGCCGUCUACUUCAAGGGCGAGCGCAUCGGCUGCGGCAAAGGGCCCAGCAUCCAACAGGCAGAAAUGGGAGCCGCCAUGGAUGCGCUUGACAAAUAUAACUUCCCACAGAUGGCUCAUCAGAAGCGCUUCAUCGAGCGUAAAUACCGGCAGGAGCUGAAGGAGAUGCGACGCGAGCGGGAGCGCCAGGAGAGCGACGAGCCCGACGACGGCAGGAAGUGAAGACGAAACCAAGCACAGAACCGGAGGACCACAUUUGUCAACGCCGGCGUCUACACAUGGACAACCAACACAUCUACGAGGACGCCGCCGCCAUGUUUGAGUCAAGAGGAGGGUGAAGAAAAAAGAUGAGUCAAAACGCUUGUCCUCCAUCUUGUCGUCCUCCGUCCAUCUCGCCGGUAAGGGGGGCCGUAGAGCGUUGAGUUUUUUUAAACGGUAGCUAGCGUCUUUAGCCCUCCAUUGGCCGUCUUCCAAAAGGUUCCGUCGCGGGAACCAGACCAACCAGCGUUAGUCUGUCGGCUGCGCUGGGAGGUUUGUUUAGAUGAAGAAAAAAGCAAAGGAGUGGGAUGUCUGUACAGUGUAUUGUAGCAUGUAACGUACACAAGCUAAGAUCACAACACGCAGCGUGAAACACUUAAGUAGACGACUGCGUGUCCAUCACAGGCAGCGGCGGAGUCGAAACAGAAAAACCAUUGGUAGAUACUCAGGUGGGCGGUACCGCGCCCUAACUAACACGUGACGGGGGGUAGGGGGGGGACACACGACGCCAGGCCCAAGAACGUCCGUGUCCGCCGCCCCGUUAAGAGUCGCUGUCGUCGGCGCCGUACAUGUCGGCCAGUUUCUUAAAGCGCGGCCCCCACUCGCUCAGGUAGUUGUAGUCCUGCUCGCCCUCCGUGGUGGCCGACUCCAGCGAGCUGAGCGACUCGGCCACGGAGCCGCUGCCCUCGUAGGCGUAGGUGGCCAGCGAGUCGUACGGCGGCGCCGUGGGGUCGCUGUCGUUGUCCUGGAUGCGCUGGUUGAUGAAGUCCCGCACGUCGCCGUUGUUGUCGUCCCGGGCCGAGGGGGGCGCCGGUCGUCGGGUGGGGGGGUAGUAGGCCUCGGGGAGGAUGUCCCGCCGCUGCUUGGCGUCCUCGAUGGCCUCGGGGUUGCGCAGCGUGCCGAUGUCGAAGGCCUGGGUGUCCUCCUCUCCGCCGCCCUCGUCGUUGUAGCUGACCACGUUGUCCCGUACGUCCUCCUUGGAGAUGAUCAGAGGCUCCUUCUUUCGCUGCCGCCUCAGGGCGGCGAACAGAACUACGAUCACUGCGGGCACAGCGACAAGUUAGUCAAGCGUGGAGGACAGGUCACGUGUUCCUGUCCUCCGCCGCCGCGCCACAUCACAAUUUAGUAACAAUACAAUACAUAAUAUAAUAUACAAUACAUAAUACAACGCUGACGGGGUCAAACAUGGACGCGCUUUAGCUCGGACUUUUUCUUCACACUCAACCUGGCUGGUUAACUCCAAGUACGCCGGAACAUCCUGGAACCGUCCUCACGUGUAACGUUACAUAACAUCACUUGCUAUGGACUUUAAUACCACAAUGUAUGUUUGUUUUUCUACUAAUUAAAUACUUCAU